UUGUAAUCAUUCAAACCGAUAUAUUUCACAAAUACUUCUUUUCAGAGUAAAGUCCUCAUACACUUACUUCUACCUCUCUCCCUAUUGCCCGCUGAACGAGACAAUAUGUCGGAAGUGGAUACUCGCGCCUACAGCCAAUGGGUUAGAAUUGAUAUUCAAAGCUUAUUCGAGAAAGGUCAAAUUAAAAUUGCUAAUGCAAGAGUGACCGAUGGCAAGUUCCAUGUUUGUAGCGACAAAGACCAGGAGCUCAGCGCUGGCCAAAUCAACAAGAUUGUCAUAGAGCCACAUACUACUCAGUCUGUGUGUGCUUGCGGCAGAUAUGGCAUCGAUGUCGGCACAGAAGGCUACCUAGACCUAAUGGACGGGGACACCAGGAUCACCACCCUCCAUUUCGAUAGCCCCUACCAGUCGAAUACCAACACCUUUCAGGCUAUGAAUACCAACAAUUCUUAUCUUGUGAAUGUGGGUGAUUGGAACCAGGAAAAUGGAGCGUUGGGAAAUGUCCAAGUGAAGGUGUUCAAGCUGGAGUAAUUCCUGGUAAUUAGUUCUAUCUCUUGAAGAGAUACACGCUCCUAGGUUCUUCGGAAAUCCGAAUUGCCACAUGUUUGAGGAUCCUAAUGAAUUUGUGCUUGCAUUUCGAGUUAUAAAUCUUCAAAGUUUCUAUGGCGUGCAUGUUUACGAGUGCCCUUAAAAGGGGGUUCGAGCCAUGUUAUCUGGUGCCCAACUGCCUUAGCUCGGCUUGCCUCCAGAGAGUACUUUAAUAUUAUAUGUACCCCUUCUCGAAUUCAGGUUGCACUAAUCAAGCCAUAAACGUCCAAUCUCUGCAAUAUCUUUCCUGUGUCCUAAUGACGUAUGUAGUCCCAAUUUACUCAUGCCUGCUUGGACCAA